ACAGUAUAAAAGACGGGAGGUACUCUGCUUCAGCAGACUGCAACUUGCAACCAGAGCAACUCUUAAGCCUCUACUCUCCGAAGAGACUAGAAAACAAACCAAAUCGCUACAGACGAGACGACUGACCGCUACACUUAGGAUAAAAAUACAUUUGCAAAUACUUAUAGCAAGAUAUCGUAAAGGGAACAGCAAAACAAAAUAUAUAUUUUAUUUAAUAGGCUACGCAACAAAGAAAACGCAAAUAUGUUCAUUUUCUCCAUCGUCGUGAUAUUAAUUGGAACCUUCAAUAUGGUUCUUUCCACCUCUUCUUGCCUCUCGGUAUGCGAGUGCCCGAUGGAGCUGCCCAGGUGCGCGCCUGGUGUGAGCCUCGUAGUGGAUAGCUGCGGGUGCUGCAAAGUCUGCGCGAGACAACUCAACGAGGACUGCAGUCUGACAGAGCCUUGCGACCACACCAAAGGACUCGAGUGCAACUUUGGGGCCAGCUUCGGUGCUAUGCGUGGCAUCUGCCGUGCUAAGUCAGAGGGAAGACCCUGUGAAUACAACAGCAGGAUUUACCAAAACGGAGAGAGCUUCCAGCCUAACUGCAAGCACCAGUGCACAUGCAUGGAUGGGGCUGUGGGCUGCGUCCCCCUGUGCCCUCAGGAGCUCUCCCUGCCCAACCUGGGCUGUGCCAACCCAAGGCUGGUCAAGGUGGCAGGCCAGUGCUGCGAGGAGUGGGUAUGUGAUGACGGAAAGGACACUGACAUCAUUGACAAGCUGUUUGGCAAAGACAGCAUGACUGAAGAGUCAGAGAGUGACCUCACCAACAGGAACGAGCUCAUCGCCAUUGUCAAGGGAGGACUCAAGUCUCUAGCUGCUUUCAGAGUGCAGCCUGAGAGCCACAUGUUUGAGAGUCAGAAGUGCAUUGUCCAGACCACUCCUUGGUCCCAGUGCUCCAAGACCUGUGGCACAGGCAUCUCCACCCGAGUCACCAACAACAACAGCGAGUGCAAGCUGGUCAAAGAGACACGCAUCUGUGAAGUGCGGCCAUGCACCCAGUCUCCCUACUCCAGCCUUAAGAAAGGAAAGAAGUGCAGCAGAACCAAGAAGUCUACCCAGGCUCAGAAGUUCACCUAUGCCGGCUGCUCCAGCCUGAAGAAGUACAGGUCCAAGUACUGUGGAUCCUGUGUGGACGGCCGCUGCUGUUCCCCCCAGCAGACCCGCACCAUCCGGGUCAAGUUCCGCUGUGAGGACGGAGAGACCUUCAACAAGAACGUCAUGAUGAUCGAGUCCUGCAAAUGCACCUUCAACUGUCCCCAUGCCAACGAAGCCUCCUACCCCUUCUACAGACUCCUCAACGACAUCCACAAGUUCAGAGACUAAAUCAAAUCUGAUUGUGCAGAGAACCGACCCCUGAGAGAUCCAAAAACAACAACAUUGACAGCCAAUGGUAGUCCAUCUAAACGCAGGGGUCCAACUCAACAGCCAAUGAACUAUCAACUUCCUGUUGUAACUAGAUUCCCAAGGAAUUAUAGGCUUGCAUCAUGAGGACUUUAUGAAGUGCACUGUCUGCUGUGACCGAAUCAGCAUUCUAAAUUAAGAUUCGCUUCAUACUACUGGAGCAUCAGAGUAGCUUCGUUAUGGAGCAAAAUGUAAAUUAACAUGUGUAACUGACAAUGUAUGUUAAUAUGUUGAUAUCAAUUCGUUGUGUAUAUUUUCGACCGAUAAGUACCAACCAGACACGACACAAACAAACUUUAGACGUGUGUGUGUGUAUGGAUGUUGUUUGGAUAUGCAGAUACGUAAUUUAAUUAAGUAUAACAUGAUCUUGCAUCCUAAUGAACCAAGACACCACGUCACCAUGGUUACCGUGGUUCCAUACAUGUUCGUGUUUUGUGGCAGCUAAGGACCUUCCCAACUUUAUCAAGAAAGACAAAGCGAAACAUAUCAAAUGAAUGUUUUCAUUACUGUUAUUAAUAUUAUUUAUCAAAAAUUGUAGCUACUUUAUUUAGAUUUGUGUCAUACUGGAAUAAAUUUUAAAAAUGAUUUAAUUUUAUAUGUUACAAAAUAAAACAGAUUUAUUUAUGAAAUGUAAA